AAAGAAAUGGAGCAUGUGGGAGCUUUUUUUGAUGAAGAAUGGGAGUCAUUGAGCAAAUUAUUCUCAAGUACUGAAACUGCAGAUUUCAUGCUUCAAUUGCAUGGUGAUCAUGGCAUGUUCUCGAUGAAUGCUAGCGAUAAUGCUGGCUCAAGCUAUGGGACUGAUCAUCCACAAUUAGCUGAUGAUCAUCAAGAAGCUAACAAUAACUUUCACUAUUUCUCUCAAGAAAGUAGCAUUACUAGCUGUGUAAGUGAUGGCGUGUUCUUUACUAACCACCCGAGCCACGAGCAUCUGCAGCAUUCUAACAACAUUGAUGAUGUCAAUAACCAGCUCCUUCAAGUAGCAAUUAACAACCACCAUGAUGACCAGUUCACUGAUUUCUUUGUUGACAAUAAAAAUCUUGAAAAUAUGUCUAUUAAUCCAGCUUUUCCAAAUGACAUGGCCUACAAAGAAGAGAUGAUAUGUGAUCAAUUGGACAAUGCUGAAAUUUCCCCUGUUUCAGACAAUGAAAUGCAGCUGAAGAGGAAAUUUGAGAAAAUAGCACCUGAAAACCCCAAGAAGAAAUCGCGAGGCUCACAAGAGGCACGGAAAAGUACUAAGAAAAAGGCACAGCCGAAAAAAGGGAAAAAGAAUCAGAAGAUAACUGAAAUUAACAAUGAAGAAGGAGAAGAAGAGACUAAUGCAGAUACCCAAAUUGCACAGAGCACAAGUUGCUGUAGCUCUGAGAAUGAUUCAAAUGCUUCUCAAGAACUAAAUGGAGAUACAAUAUCUUCAAACCCCAAAGGGAAAUCAAGAGCCAGCAGAGGGGCUGCAACAGAUCCACAAAGCCUUUAUGCAAGGAAGAGAAGAGAAAGAAUCAACGAAAGAUUGAGAAUCUUGCAGAACCUUGUUCCUAAUGGCACAAAGGUUGACAUUAGCACAAUGCUUGAAGAAGCAGUUACUUAUGUGAAGUUUUUGCAGCUUCAAAUUAAGUUACUGAGCUCAGAUGAACUCUGGAUGUAUGCACCACUUGCUUACCAUGGAAUGGACAUUGGCAUCUAUCAAAAGAUGCUGCCAAGUUUGCAAUGACUUUAGAAGUAGCAUGAGUUGUUGCAAUUUUUUAUUAAGUGUUUACCUAUAAAUAACAGAUCCCAACAGAAACCCCCCUCCCCCUCCCCCUCCCCCAAAUAUGCUGACUAUGUACAAAAAGCAUCUAUCAUUUCUUCUUGAUCAUGAGAAGUAAUUCUCAUGUUUUAUAAAGUAACAUUUUAAAGUUCUUUGCUCACAUUGUCCAAGGAGGAAUUUCGCCGUAUUGGUUAACACGCU